AUGAGCAUUGGCAGCUCCCUACUUGUCCCUAGCGUUCAGGAAUUGGUGAAGCAACAGGGUUUGGCCACUGUUCCACCCCGAUAUGCUCGUCUUGAUGAUCAGGAUGUUGCUUCACUCCAUCAGCAGCAGCCUCAGCUUCCAGUUAUUGACCUCCAGAGCUUGCUCGAUCCAGAGUCCAUGGAUUCUGAACUCGCCAAGCUCCACUCCGCCUGCAAAGAUUGGGGCUUUUUCCAGUUGGUAAAUCAUGGGAUAAGCAGUGGUCUGUUGGAGGAGAUGAAGGCACAGGUUCAGGAAUUCUUCAAUCUGCCAAUGGAGGAGAAGAAGAAGCUGUGGCAGUUUCCAGGAGAGGUUGAAGGGUUUGGACAGACGUUUGUGGUCUCCGAGGAACAAAAGCUGGACUGGAGUGACAUUUUCUACUUGGUCACCCAGCCACCCUAUCUGAGGAAGCCUCACUUGCUCCCUAACCUCCCUCUUCCUUUCAGGGAUACUGUAGAGCAGUACUCGUUGGAGGUGAAGAAUCUGGCCUCCACCAUCCUGAAACAUGUUGGAAAGGCUUUGAAGAUCGAAGGGGACGAGGAAAUGAAGGAUUUUUACGAGAACGUGAGGCAGACGAUGAGGAUGAACUACUACCCUCCAUGCCUCCUUCUGCAAGUAGGUCAAGUGGAUGGUCUGCAGAUAAAGAAAGAUGGAAGAUGGGUUCCUGUCAAGGCAAUUCCCAAUGCUUUCGUGGUCAAUGUUGGUGACAUUCUAGAGAUCAUAACCAAUGGAGCAUACCGUAGCAUCGAGCACCGUGCACUGGUGAAUUCGGAUAAGGAAAGGCUCUCGAUUGCCUGCUUCCAUUCUCCAAGGUAUGAUGGUGAAACCGGGCCUGCUGCUAGCUUGAUCACAAAAGAGACACCGGCUCUUUUCAAGGUGGUGACAAUCAGAGAGUUCUACAAUGGCCUCUUUUCCCGCCAGCUUGACGGCAAGGCUUACAUCGACACUUUGAAGAUCCAACACAACGAGAAACCUUGA